CACAAACGCCCCGUGAAUAUUUAUCACAGUACGGGUAUAUGAAAGAAAAAGAAACUCGGAAUCAGGGACAUAAAUAGCAGACUAGGGAUUCUAUCUAUUUCUUGAAUUUGCUUUCUCGUUUUUCUUCAUUAAUUCUCUAUAAGAACCUUCCCGAUACCGAAAUCCAAAAAAUUCAGACGGUUCGUUCAAAUUUUCGGAGUCGAAGUUGGGUUGAGAUCGGGAUUUUGGUUUGGCUGGUUGUGUUGUUUUUUCUAAUCGGGAAUUGAACGUCGGCGGCGUGGAAGGGAAAAGAGAGCGAGAGCGAGAGCGAGAUGUACAACGGGAUAGGAUUGCAAACCCCAAGAGGGUCUGGUACGAACGGCUACAUCCAGACCAACAAGUUCUUCAUCAAGCACAAGACCGGCAAGGUCGCCAUCAACACCAAGGGUUUCGAUGAGGACCAGGGCACCGCCGGCGUGUCGAAGAAGCCCAACAAGGAGAUUCUCGAGCACGACCGCAAGCGUCAGAUCGAGCUCAAGCUUGUCGUGCUUGAGGACAAGUUGAUCGAUCAGGGUUUUACGGAUUCAGAGAUUGCCCAGAAGCUUCAGGAGGCUCGCGCAACUUUGGAAGCCGCUGCGGCUUCUGAGGAAACCGGUGUACCCACUGCGAUUUUCGUCGGUGAUAAGAAGGUUUCAGACACACAAACGCAUCAAAUUGCUGCUAGAAAGGAGAAGCAGAUGGAGACAUUAAGAGCUGCUCUUGGAAUACGUUCGUCUGAACCUGAUGAACAAAACACUGAUGAGAUUGAGGAUGGACCAAACAAUGGUCGGAAGAAUGAUUUGGAUUAUAAUGGCAAGCAUCAUGAGAGGUCUGAGCAUGCUUUUUUGGAUAGGGGCUACUCUAGGAAGAAGGGCAUGCUUGAGAAUCAAAAAGCUGAAAAGGAUGAUAAGAAAAAGAGUUCUAGGGAAGAAAGCAGGAAGAGGAGGCAUGGUGAUGAUUCUUCCGAUACAGAUGGCAGUGCUAAGCAUUCAAAAGCAGUUAGAAAAAAACACCACAGAAGUAGCCGGUUGAGUGAUGAUGAAGAUGAUUCUGAUAUUAGCAUUGACAGAAAGCGCAAGGUUACAAAGAAGAACAAGAAAAGUAGGAGUGAGAGCGAGACAGAGAGUGAGAGUGAUGGUUCUGAUUCUGCUGCCAGUGAUAGCAGCAUGAGUGAGGAGAGUCCCAGAAGGGAACGCACGAAGUACAAAAGAUCUCAUAGGAGGAAUGAUUCAGAUGAUGGUUCUGAUUCUGAUUCUGAAGAUGGCUCAUUGAAGAACAGGACUCAACGGGGGAAGCAGCGCUCUAGAACAAGCAGAAAGCAUGGUUCUGGUGAUGAUUCUGAUUCAGAUGAAGGCUUGUUGAGAGAUAGGACUCAAAAAGGGAAACAACACAGUAAAAAAAGACAUGAUUCAGAUGAUGAUUCUGAUUCUGAUUCUGAGGAAGGCUUAAUUGAAAAUAGGUCUCAAAAGGGGAAGCAGAACAGUAGAACAAGCAGACAACAUGAUUCUGAUUCAGAUGAAGGCUCACUGAGAAAUAGAACUCAAAAGGGAAAGGAACACACUAGAACAAGCAGAAGGCGUGAUUCUGGGGAUGAAUCUGAUUCUGAAGAUGGCUCAUUUAGGAAUAGGACUCAAAAGGGGAAGCAGCACACAAAAACAAGCAGAAGGCAUGAUUCUGAGGAUGAAUCUGAUUCUGAAGAAGGCUCAUUUGAAAAUAGGACCCAAAAGGGGAACCAGCAUGCAAGAACAAGCAGAAGGCAUGAUUCUGGGGAUGAAUCUGAUACUGAUAAUGAUCUGAAAAAGAAGACCAGUCGAGUUGUGGAACAGAGGAAAGAUCGUGGUAGUUGCAGGACGGUGAGUGAUGAUUCUGAUGCUGAGGAUGACAGUAGAUAUGGAAAAGGAAGCAGAAGUGAAAAGUUGAGGAAAACAGAUACUGAAAUAACUGAGAGAAGUCGAAGAAGUAAUAAGAAUAAUACUAAGGAUGGAUUUGGGGCUUACAAUGAAGAGGAGAAACAUAGAAGUAGGAGGCAUGAUACUGAUGAUGAGGAACUUGAUUAUGGUAAUGGUGGGAAAGCCCGGAAGAUAGAUAUGGAAAGAUAUAAACCAAAUGAACGAGGUUCAGUUUCUCCAACUAAUAACAGUGAUAGCUACGAUAGUGAUUCUCGUGGAGGAGAUGACAAGUAUGAUUUCAGUACUGGUGACUGUGACAGGGACUAUAAAUACAAAAAGGCUUACAAGAAUAAGCCUAUUAUUGAUAGCAGGAGUGGACAUGGAGAUAAUAUGAACAAAAGAAGGGAGCGAAGUAGCCAUGGAUCAAGUCCAGAAGAAAAGCAAAUUAGUUCUAGUAAAGUUGGAGGUGAUGAAAUAAGGAAGGAAAGAAGCGGUUUAAAUGAAGAUAAUGUGUACCGAAACAAGAAUGAUAAAUAUGCUGGAUUGGAUAGAUUUGGAGGAGGGCAUGAUGAUGUGACUGCUGAACCAGGGGGCAGAAUUUAUAGCAGGGAGGAUGAUUCAUGUCAUGGCAGUAAGAGGAUUGAUAGGGAUUAUGAAGAGCGUGGAGAAGGCAAGAGGCAAAUCAGGAGUGAAGAGGAGCAUAGAGGAAGAAAGCAUGGAAGAGAUGAAGCGGAGCAUGGAGUGAGAAAGCGUAGAAGAGAUGAUGAGGAGCAUAGAGAGAGAAAGGAUGGAAAAGAUGACAAGGAGCAUAGAGAGAUAAAGAAUAGGAAAGAUGAAGCGGAUGAUAAAGGAAGAAGAGAUAGAAGAGAUGAAGAGGAUUACAGAGGGAGAAGAGAUCAAGAGUACAGGGGGAGAAGAGAUCAAGAGGAGUACGGGGGGAGGAGAGAUAGAACAGAUGAAGAGGAGUACAGAGUGAGAAGAGAUGGAAGAGAUGAAGAUGAUUACAGAAGGAGAAGAGAUGGAAGAGAUGAAGAGGAGCAGAGAGGGAGAAAGCAUGGAAGAGAUGAAGAGGAUGAUAAGUAUCGAAGACAUGGAAAAGAUGAUGAAGAGCGAGAGGGUGGAAGUAGAAGCCAUGGAAGAAGAGAGGGAGAAAGGGGGUAUAGAGGCGAUGAGAGGGAUAGACAACUGGAUUACUCCAAAAGAGCAAGAUAUGAUGAUUCCAGGUCAAGUCAGAGGAAAAGGUAAUUCUGCUUUCAUAAUGUAGCCGCUACGUAUCAAGUGUUCAUCAUGUCAAGAAGUGGUCGAGGAAAUCGUGAAGCUGAACCAUUUAUGCCUACUACACCUACCAAGGAUGAUAACGACUAUGAUGAUUGUGUGUCAAAUUUUUUUUAAGUUUUUUUAGUAGAAUCUUGUUUUUCAGAUUGUAUUUCAGUAUUUGUAAUGUGUGUUUUGAUUUUCUUAUGGAAGAUGUUAUAUUUUCUAGCCUUAAAAUGGAAUUACUGAGAUUUGCAGUUUCUACUUUCUGGGCGAAAUCCAAUUUUGGAUGUAAUACUUUUUCGGAAUUUUAAAAAUUGGAAACUACCGAAAUAGCUAUUUUAGAA